GAGACGGCGGCAGAGAGACGGAGCAUCGGAUCAUCGGGCUGCACUUCCCAGCGUGCCUUGUGGCUGCUGGGGAGCAGAGGAGCGUGGACAGGGCGCGCGAGGGGGGUCAGCGCGGCCGCCGGAGGAUGUCACAUGCAAUAUGCUGCAUUCCUGGAUGUUUUUUUUUUCUGAAGCCCGAGGAAAGCCGAGCUGUCAAGUUUGAUUGAUUAUGUUUGCGGGGCGCGCCUGGUCCGAGCGGAACCCGAAGGAAGCGAUUGACGCUGCGCCUCCCAAAAUCUGCGAGCUGAAUCCCAGUUGGACCGCUUGCAUGCACGUUGGGGUGUAAGUGUGAGUGUUUGAGAGGAAGUGAGCGUCAGCGCUCCCACAUGGCCUCCAUGCAGGACGGGCUGAACUUCACGGCUCCUCCCUACGGCAAGGUCCUGCUGCUGGGCGCUAUCGCUGCUGCUUCGGCCUUUGUUGUGACAAUUCUCAUUGUGGUGCUCUGCGUGGGCUGCCAGAGGAAGGGGAAGACGCACAAUGUCCCCAGUGAAAGUGGAAAACACCGUCUUAUGGACAUGGGUAUACUCAGGCAGUCCAAACUGCGCUCCAUCAGUAAAUCAGACACUGAGAUGAACAAGAUGACCUGCAAUGGCAAAAAGGCAUCUAAAAAGAAACGUGCAACCAGCAUGGACCUUCUGCUGCUGCCCAGCCGCUGGUCUAACUCUGACCUUCGUUCUCAAGGCAGGCAGCUUCCCCAGAUUCCCUCUGGGACUGGAGAGGAUGGAGAGCACACUUAUUCUGAAGUGGGCCGACGGCCCUCCACUUCACGUACUGAUGAUGCCCUCUACGCCAUGGUAGGCAGGGCUGGCCAGACGGACACUCCGGCACCUCCUGCUGUACCUGCCAACACCCCGGCACCCCCAGACCCAGAUGGUGAUGGAGAGGAAGGAGGGCUACCAGAAUCUGAGGCCCAAGUCAUGACUCCCCUGCACCCUCCGGAGACUGCAGAGUAUGCCUGUGUCAGGAAGCUGAGGAAGGCCGACAAAGCACCACAAAAGAGGGACAGCGGCACGGAUAUGGGGGAGCCCCCGGUGCCCCCGCAGAGACAUGCGCCGCCAUCGCAUCCCGCUCCUCCUCCACCACAUCCUCACAGCACAAAGUUGCCCCGCAGAAAUAUUGAAGCCUUCAACGUGCCGUCGUUCCCAAAGGAAGUGAUGUUUAUGGGUAACGGUGAGCAGUACAUCUGGAAGCCUCCGGAGGAUGAUAACAUCAUCAUGCUCCAAAACAAAGCCCUGGGCCCUUUGGGUGCUCACACAGUGGAGAACAUACAACCAUCUGCUGCUGCGGUGGCUGAGAUGUAUUCAAAGGUAUGUAAACCAGGAAAGAAGAAACGAGCCGUGCCGGGGUCUCCCCCAGUCAACCCUGGCUUCCGGACCUUGGGGCGUGGUAACCGGGACCGAGAUCGAGAUGGGGGGUUUAGUGUAGUGGUCAAACCCCAGACCUGGGCCCCUCAGGAGGGCAAAGCAAUUGAAGGGCCCCUUGAUGACCACUGCUAUGAGUCCAUAGGGACAGAAGAAUGCGAUCCAGCCUAUGAGAACAUGGAAGGCGCCUGGCGGCAAGAGAGGCCGCCCAACACAUGUGCCACCCUGCGGCCAAGGAGGAAGAAGUCCCAGCAGCCUUUGCAGCAGCAGCAGCCCCCUCCGCCGCCACCGACACAGCAGAACCCCAAGCUGCAGCACCUUCCGGCCAAAGCUCUGCUGCUGCCGGGGGAGAACCUCUAUGAGAGCAUCGGAGACUUAAAACAGGGCUCCGCCACCUCCAGCACCACCACCAUCUUCACUUUCAAUGACGGCAUGGAGAUGUAUGUGACAGGGCUCUGAGGCAGCAGCUGCACUGUGACCACUAACCUUCCAACAGAAGGAGCAGAGCCGGCACCAUGAGGAGUGACCGCUAAGCUCCUGUCAUGCACCUAUACAUACUGUUUACACACAAGUCAUAACGUCAUACCUGCCGCAGGCCCCUCGAGCCUCGCGGCAAGCUUUUCGAUCUGUUAUGACCUGGGCUGAACACAAAGUCCAAUCUAUAAACCUUAUAAAGAAUCCAAAGGUAGUGAAAAAUAAAUGAGCACAAGACCAUUGCAGAGAAAUCUGUAAGUAGAAGUAGCAUUUCUAUUUUCCUGAGACAUAUGUGCAAAGCACAAAGAAGUAAAAAGCUGAAAUUCUUCCUUAAAGGGUAACUCUGGCAUUUUUUGUCCUGGGCUCUAUUAUUUAUUUAUUUUACAUUUUGGGUCUAUCUUGCGACAACAAUGACUUAAUGAGUGCAGUAUUGGUUUAAAAUGCAAACAUGUGCUAAAUGACUAAUGUAAGGCAAUGGGCCAAGCUAAAAACAAACAUAUCUUCUUUUUGUUGCCAUUGAAUAGGUGAAAAUAUCAUUAGAUGUGCCUGAUUACAUACGAGGGCAGGACCCCUACAGAGGUAACGUGUAUGUUUACCUCAUUAAAUGUAAAGGAAGUUUUUGAAACGAUCUAUGAUACCAUUAGCUGCUUACCUUAGCCCUCUGGCCUUUCAGUGGCACCACUCUCAACUGAGCCAUAAAACGUUGGUUGUCACUGAGGGCCUCAUUCAACAACUUAGAACAGAAAUGAGCCCCUCAUCGGCAAUCUACUUAUAAUGACUUAAUUCAGAGCAGCAUCUCCACAACAGAAGUAGGCUAAGGUAAGCGGCUAACUAUGAGUGUGCAUCUCCCCAUUUAUAAAAUGA